CCCACAGUGACCAUGGUUGUCCUAUAAAUGGCGUUGGACUACUGUCCAAAUUCGCCAUUUUACACCUUCUUGUUGCUCUUUUUCACGGAAACUACCGAACUUGACGUCAUCUUCGGAAAUCAGCAUUAACAAACCAAAUUGAUCUAUAAAACUCAUCAUAAAGUAAAUAUCGAGUCAAAUCGACCCAAACACUUUUUAAACGGAUUAUUGACAUCAGAUAGACGAUAUGACAUUUACGAUUCGUUGCAAUAUUCCCCAAAAUAAUUAUUAUUUGUUAUAGAUUGUAGCGGCAACAUGGCUGUAAACGAUGAUGAAAUAAUAAGGCGACGUCUUCUCAUUGAAGCAGAUGGUGGAAAUGAUGACAAGAGAAUAAGCUCUUUGUUGAGGACCUUUGUAAAGUGGACUUCAUCUCCAGAACACGAUGAUGACAGCCACACAAACUACCAGCGUAUGCUAGCUUCACUGACACAGUGUGAAUAUGCCGUAGAGAAAUCUCAUGCCAUCUAUCAGAUGAACACCAGGGAACAACAGAACUAUGAGAAACUAAACAAAGAAAUAGAGGAGAAUAUAAAGGAAGCAUUUGACAAGAUUGCAGAGUGUAAGAGUGAACUGCAUCAGGCAAAGAGGAUCAGGAAAAACAGACAAGAGUAUGAUGCUCUUGCCAAAACUAUACAAAAACAUCCAGAUAGACAGAAAACACUAAAGGAACUUGAGGCAUUAGACAAAGAGUUGGCCGAGCUUAAGGAAACAAAAGAAUCUUUAGAACAAAAGCUUGAUAUCAGGCGGAAACAGUUCCAUGUUCUUAUAGCGGCGAUACAUGAGAUGCAAAGAAUAGUGGAAGAGGAUGAAAACAAAGAGGAAGAUGAGGAUAUGGAUGCAACAUAGCAUACAAAGAGGAUUAUACAAAGAGGAUCAUACAAUGAGGAUGGAUGCUAGGUAGCUUACAAUUACUGUGAGGACAUAUGGAUGCCUUGUAGCAUACAAUGAGGAUAAGAAUGUGAUGACAUUGAUGCACAGUGUAAACAUAAACAUUUGCUUUGAAGGUGGACAGUGUUCAAGUUCAUGUACAUAAUUGUGAAAAUAGACAAGAGAAAUAUAUAAAAAAAUAUGUACUCAUUAAUUUAUUAGUUCAAUUAUUAGAUGAUUGAAAUGGUUUUUAUACACCAUUAUCUCA